CGAACUCUGCAGGUUUGAAGAGCGGAAGAGUCAAAGACCACAGAUAACAUGAUACGAACAGAAACGAGGAUGGGUCGCUCCCUUCUCUCGCACUUUCUCGUCCUCUCACAGUCGUCUCCUCGCUUUACACCUUCUCUCAGAUCAUUUUCUGCGUUUGGAAGCAAUCGCUCCAAGGCUCAUUCGCUCUUUCGGCUUCAUCGGUCUUCAAUUGGAAACAGUUCCCAAUGCUGUUGCAGUAUCUCCGUCACCGAACCUGCUGCGUCAGAGCGUCCUCCCAGUUCCAUCAAGCAGAGGAUAGUAUCGGGUGUUCAGCCAACAGGCUCUAUUCAUCUUGGUAAUUAUCUAGGUGCAAUAAAGAAUUGGAUUUCGCUCCAGGACACAUAUGAUACUCUCUUCUUCAUUGUGGAUCUUCAUGCGAUCACCUUACCUUAUGAUACCCAACAACUAAGUAAAGCAACAAGAAAUACAGCGGCUAUUUACUUAGCAUGUGGUAUAGAUACCUCCAAGGCUUCUGUCUUCGUUCAGUCUCAUGUCCGUGCUCAUGUAGAGCUGAUGUGGCUUCUUAGUUCAGCUGCCCCAAUUGGUUGGCUGAACAGGAUGAUUCAGUUUAAGGAGAAAUCACGCAAGGCGGGGGAUGACAAUGUUGGCGUUGCACUUCUCACCUAUCCAGUUCUAAUGGCUUCUGAUAUUCUUCUAUAUCAGUCAGACCUUGUCCCUGUUGGCGAGGAUCAAAAGCAGCAUCUUGAGUUGACUCGUGAGCUGGCUGAGCGUGUUAAUUAUCUAUAUGGUGGAAGGAAGUGGAAGAAAUUAGGAGGGAGAGGCGGGAACAUUUUCAAGGUUCCUGAGCCACUUAUACCACCAGCUGGUGCGCGGGUUAUGUCCCUCACUGAUGGUCUUUCUAAGAUGUCCAAAUCUGCUCCUUCUGACCAAUCGAGAAUCAAUCUUCUCGACUCCAAAGAUGUAAUCGUGAGCAAGAUAAAACGUUGCAAAACGGACUCAUUUUCAGGGUUGGAAUUUGAUAAUCCCGAAAGACCAGAAUGCAACAAUCUUCUUACAGUUUACCAACUUGUUUCUGGAAAAACAAAAGAGGAAGUUAAGCAGGAGUGUGAGAAUAUGAAUUGGGGAACAUUUAAAAUCCUUUUAGCCGAUGCUUUGGUCGAGCAUCUCCAUCCUAUCCAGGUCCGCUACAAUGAAAUUGUAUCUGAUUCUGCUUAUUUGGAUGAAGUCCUGGCCGAAGGUGCUAGUAAAGCUUCAAGUAUUGCAGAUGUAACUCUCAAUAAUGUCUAUCAAGCUAUGGGAUUCUUUCGGAGAUGAACAGAAUCGAGCGGUCACAAAAGAUUUUCAAGGACAAACAUGAAUGCAACCACAACCUUCAAAAGAAUGGUAGCUUCCCGUUGUCUAUAAGUUUUUGUAGAUGACAAGCUAACUUAUUGUUUGUGACAGAAAGAAACUUGUGAUGCAGUUUUUAUUUAGCACUAUUGCUAUUUUUUCUGCGAUGAACUUCUUGGGCAUCAUAUAGCAUGAUUAACUUAUUAGUUGGGUACCCAACGAAAAUUGAAUAUUCUUUCAUAAGCAAUUGUGGAACCAUGACAAACUGUUCCCAGUAUAAAAAAAGGUAACAUGAAAGAUUGAGAGAGGGUUUGAAACUUGACAUCAUCAAUUGAGGUUAACCAACCAUGCGGAAGUUGAACCUCAAUGGGAUUGACUUUGAUGGUGCGAUAUACAAGUCAAUUUAGCAGGGAAUUAUCAUUCAUUCUCUCCAUCAAGGAAGGAAAUGGGAUGAAGACUUGCUUUGCUUUAGCAGCGCCAGCACUCUUACCAGAAUCUUCUUUUCCUUAUUUUUCUAUCACAAAAUCAUUAGGGACGUAGAAAAGUGCUAAAAAGCCGAAAAAGCAGAAAAGGGUCUCAUAAAGUACCCUUAUAAAGUGAAAGUGGGAAAUUAUCGAGGCUACAAUUGUUGUACUGAUUAAGUGGAAUGUAGGGGGUCCGCCAUUGGAAUAGGUGCAAGAACUUUGUCAUCCCAAUGAUGGUGAUACUCACUUCUCUAAUGAUCUUGGGGAGAUGCAAGUUUGGAAAUUUGAUUUACUCG